AUGGCCUCCCACAUUUUACUGCAGAACGCGACCAUUCUCGUCCCCUCCGGCGAACCGAAGGGCUAUGUUAAACCGCUACGGAACCAUUCGCUGCUCGUCGAAGGCAAUCGGAUUUCGAAAAUUGCAUGCGAGAUCGAUGCGCCAGCCGGUACAGAGGUUAUUGAUUGUACGGACAAAAUAAUAUCGCCUGGUUUCAUUGAUACACACCAUCAUGUGUGGCAGACUCAGCUGAAGGGCCGCCAUGCCGACCAGACUUUGCUUGAAUACCUUCCCAAUGGGAAUAUGCAAAGUGCCAACUAUACACCAGAAGAUGUGUUCUGGGGUGAAUUGGGAGGCUGUCUUGAAGCUUUGGAUGCAGGGACGACAACUUUGGUGGAUCACGCUCAUAUGAAUAUCUCCGCGGCUCACACUUCAAAUGCAGUCGAAGCCACAGUGUCGUCGGGCAUCCGGUCAGUGUUUUGCUAUGCGCCGACCAUGAGAGUCCAGGACUGGAAGCCGGAUCUGACCGUAACUGGUGGGCUACUGGAUGACUGGGUUGUCGAACACCUUGAAAAGCUUCGCGCCUCUUUCCCUGUGGGAGACGGCAGAGUUCAACUUGGAUUCGCAUUUGAUGGAUUCAUGCUGCCACAGGACCAAGUGGUUUCAAUCUACAACAAGGUGCGUGUGCUUGGUGCCAAAGUGAUCACAACGCACUAUGCCGGCGGCUACUUCGAUAACACUUCGCUGGUUGAUUUACUCGACAGAUACGGUCUACUGGGCCCAGACAUCCUGCUCUCACAUGCCACGAACCUGACCAGCUCCGACGAGCAAACACUGAAACAAGCUCAAGCAUGGAUCUCGUCGACCCCAGACACAGAGCUACAGAUGGGCCACGGAGAUAUUGUUUGCUUCCGAGAGGGCUGUGCUGACAUCAGCUCCUUGGGAAUCGACUGCCAUAGCAACAACUCGGGGGACAUGGUGUCACAGAUGCGACUAGCCCUUCAACACGAACGAGCCAGUCGGAAUGAGAAGAUCAUCGCACAGGGAAAGUUCUCUCGCUCUUUGAAUCUUUACGUCCAAGACGUCUUCCGACUAGCGACUAUCCAGGGGGCCAAAGCGAUCCGCAUGGAGGAAAGCGUGGGCUCGAUUGAAGUUAGAAAGCUUGCUGAUCUCACUAUAUUUGAUGCAACCAGUCCCGGUAUGGUUUGUGCAUCGGAGCAGGAUCCAGUGGCUGCUAUCGUUCUACAUUCCUCUAUACGGGAUAUCGAUAUGGUUAUUGUUGAUGGGCAAAUCCGCAAGCAGAGCGGCAGACUGGUUCCGGUGAAAAUUGCGCCCACUAUGGCUGAAGUGAAUAUUGAGUCUCAGGACCUAGAUUGGAGCCAUAUUUCCAAGAGACUGCUUGAUAGCCGCAAGAGUAUACAAGAUCGCAUAUCAAAGGCAAACGCUGAUGAGCCAGAGCGUCUUGUCGAAAGCUUCCUUAAGCUCACUCAUGCCGAUGAGAGCAAAUUUGUGAGGCUAUGA